CUUCAACUCUCUCUCUUCUUCUUCAUCUAUCUUCUUCUGCGAAACCCUAGAUUUUGGUGUGAGGAAGAAGACUUCAAUGGCGGAAGAAGUAGCAGAGAACGUUAACGCAGUGCCGGUUUCGGAAGAUGAGCUUUAUGGAUUUAAACGAUCGGAGAUGUACAGUGGUACUCUCGCCGGUUCCGUUGGUCCGUACGGUCGUCAUGUUUUCCUUUGUUAUAAGAGUCAUGAGACUUGGCUUCCUCGUGUUGAAGCUGAAGGACUUCCUCAGCGUUUCGCUAAAUCGUUUAAGGAUCGGAAAGCUGAUUUCGGAGUUGAGACGAAGCUUACGGUGUGUGGUGGUGGUGAAUCUGAUGGAGAUGUGUUGAUUUUUCCGGAGAUGGUUAGAUACAAGGCGAUUCAGGACACGGAUGUGGAUGCUUUUGUGGAAGAUGUGCUUGUGAAAGGAAAACCAUGGACUUCUGGGGUUCAGGAAGAAUUAAGUGGUUCAUUUGUGUUUGUGUGUGCUCAUGGUAGCCGAGACAAGAGAUGUGGUGUUUGUGGACCAGUUCUUAUGGAGAAGUUCCAGCAGGAGAUAGGUUCACGUGGGCUUUCAGAAAAGAUCGUCGUUUUGCCGUGUUCUCAUAUCGGUGGGCAUAAGUAUGCUGGGAAUUUGAUUGUCUUCAGCCCUGAUUCAGCUGGAAAUGUUUCUGGCCACUGGUAUGGCUAUGUGACUCCUGAUGACGUGCCUGCAAUGCUUGAUCAGCAUAUUGGAAAAGGAGAAAUCAUACAAAACCUUUCCAGGGGAGGGAUGAGACUAAGACCCAUCGGUGAGGAAGCUGAGAAAGAGGAUGAGCAUAAAAUCCCUAACGGAAACAGUGUAGUGGUGGAAGCACGCGAACCUGUGGAGCAGAAAGGGUUCACAGGAGGUUGUUGCCAAGGUGCAAACGGAGUUUCAUGUUGCCAAGAACAAGCUCCAGAGCCAGUGAAGAAAGAAGAAUCCAUGAAGCUAAACUGGUUGAGAUCGAUGGGGAAAGAAGAGGUUCUCUUGGAGCAGCAGCAGUAUCAGCUGUCGCAACCAUAGCCGUGGCUUACAGCAUUUACAGAAGGAAUGUGAUGUAAUCUGCCUUUUGACUCGGUUUAGUUUUGGUUGUCUUGUUAUGUUAACAUGGGAAUAUAUCAAUCUUAUCUAG